AUGGAAAACCAAACAUCAGUGAUAGAGUUCAUUCUUCUUGGAUUGACUAAUGAUGUCAAGCUUCAGGUGACACUUUUCUUCUUUCUACUACUAACUUACAUCUUUAGUGUCGUGGGAAACUUGACCAUCAUCAUUCUGACCCUGCUGGAUUCUCGCCUACAGACUCCUAUGUAUUUCUUCCUCCGAAAUUUUGCACUUUUGGAAAUAUCUUUCACUUCUGUCUUUGUUCCCAAAAUGCUAGUCAAUAUUGGAACUGGAGAUAAGACUAUCUCCUUUGCUGGUUGCUUCACUCAGUACUUUUUCGCAAUCCUCCUGGGAGCUACUGAAUUUUACCUUUUAGCAGCCAUGUCCUAUGAUCGCUAUGUUGCCAUUUGCAGACCCCUGCAUUACACAACCUUAAUGAGCAGGAGACUUUGCAUUGGACUCGUGUUCUGUUCCUGGUGCUCUGGUUUUGUAGUUGUCAUUGUGCCAUAUAUGAUGACUCUCCAGUUGCCUUUCUGUGCAUCUAACAUCAUCAAUCAUUAUUGCUGUGACUACACUGUGUUGUUGCACUUAUCCUGUUCAGACACAUAUUUCAUAGAAGUGAUUCAGCUUGUCCUUGCUGCGGUCACCCUCAUCUUCACCUUGGUGCUGGUGAUUCUUUCCUACACAUACAUUAUCAGGACCAUUUUGCGAUUCCCUUCUGUUCACCAGAGGAAAAAAGCCUUUUCUACCUGUUCCUCUCACAUGAUUGUGAUCUCACUUUCAUAUGGAAGUUGCAUUUUUAUGUAUAUAAAUCCUGUUAAAGAUGCAGCAACUUUUAAUAAGAGAGUGGCUGUUCUAAAUAUGUCCAUUGCCCCUCUAUUGAACCCAUUCAUCUAUACUCUAAGGAACAAGCAAGUGAAAAUAGCCUUCCAAGAUAUGGUAAGUAAGAUAAUUUUUUCAAAAAAGUGA